GCAAUUUCAAAAGGGCACACUACUCGUGUAGUAUAGCUUGGCUUCACAUUGGAUUUUUGAAAUGACAUCAUAGCCCCCACAAUUACUACGAAUUUCCAACCGCUCCCAAAACCCCAUCAGAAACCCUAAUCCCCAAAUCAGAAGCCCUAAUCCCUAAAAUGCGAUUCCUGAUUUCGCUCACUGCAAAGCUGCUCCUCUCCAAGACGACGGCUCGAUGGAUGUCGCAGUCGACCUCCAUCCCCAGAAAACAAGUGCGAGUUCGCGACCACGGCUUCGAUGACUAUAUGGAGAUCCAGAAGAAAGUGCGGAAAGUCCUCAAAUUCCAAGACCUCAUUCUCACCCAGCCCAACAACAUGAUCUCGGUCUCGCGCCUGGACAGCAUCUCCCGCCGAAUCGGAUUCAAGCAGUUCGAAUCGGGGCGGUUCGUGCUCAAAUUCCCCGCCGUCUUCGAGGUGUUCGAGCACCCGGUUCAGCGGAUCCUGUACUGCCGGCUGACCCGGAAAGCCGUGGCGCAGAUGGAGCAGGAAAAGGCAGCCCUCCAGCGCCAGAUAUCGGAUGCAGUGACCCGGAUAAGGAAGCUGCUGAUGCUGUCGAAAACCGGUCGGGUCAGGCUGGAGCACAUCCGCAUUGCGCGCAAGGAGUUCGGGCUGCCCGAUGAUUUCGAAUACUCGGUGAUUCUGAAGCACCCACAGUUUUUCCGGUUGUUCGAUGCUGACGAGACGAGGAAUAAGUACAUUGAGAUGGUGGAGAGGGAUUGCAGUCUAGGUGUUUGUGAAAUUGAGCGAGUGAGGGAGAGGGAGUAUCGAGAGAGGGGCGUGGACGCAGAGGAUAUCCGGUUCUCGUUCAUAGUGAAUUUCCCGCCGGGGUUCAAAAUUGGCAAGUAUUACAAGAUUGCGAUGUGGAAAUGGCAGAGGCUGCCGUAUUGGUCUCCGUACGAGGAUGUGUCGGGGUAUGAUCUGAGGUCUUUGGAGGCGCAGCAGAGGAUGGAGAAGAGGGCGGUGGCCAUGAUCCACGAGCUGCUGUCGUUGACGGUGGAGAAGAAGAUGACGUUGGAGAGGAUAGCCCAUUUUAGGAUGACAAUGGACUUGCCAAAGAAGCUCAAGGAGUUCGUGCUGCAGCAGCAGGGGAUCUUCUACCUGUCGACAAGAGGGAAUCACGGGAAGCUGCACACGGUGUUUCUGAAGGAGGCGUAUAGGAAAGGGGAGCUGGUGGAGCCGAAUGAGCUGUAUCUGGCGAGGAGGAAGCUGGCAGAACUGGUGCUCAUCAGUCCGAGGAAGGCCCGUCUGGGUCCGGAGUUGGCUAGUUAUCGGAGGGACGGACUGGAUGAUCACACCAAGAGUGUGGGGAGAGAGGAAGCUGAGUUUGAUGAUCUGGUGGCUGCUUACUCAGAUGAGGAUGACGAAUCCUGCACAUCAGACUGACUAGAAUGGAAACUUUGAUGCUGAAACGCUUCAUUGCAUAGGCUUGGAAAAAGAGAGAUUUGUAUUUUGGCCUCUCUGUUCCACAUUCUACAAAUCUUGAGACGAGAAUGGAAACAUAACUGCAGUGAGUGAGCAAUCAAGUACAACAUUUGAAUGAGAAAGAUGGUUCAUAAAAGGUCGUGACUAAGCAAUGAGUAUUCCUCAUAAUUCACAGUCACUCAAUCCUUUGUUGGUUGAUGAGCCAAUUGUGAUUUUAGAAAUGGGGCUUGGGGCAGGCAGCAAUGUAGUAGCAAUGGUAUACUACCCUCUCCAUCCCACCCAAAAAUAGUACCUAGUCCUUAUCUUUUCUACACAUUUAUUACACCUUAUUUUUAAUCUCGGUGUCCAAAGCAAAUGUGUCAAAAUUAGUGGGACUGAGAGAGUACUUACUAGUUACUAGUGCUUUAAUUUUUCUUAGUUCUUAAUUAUUACUCUAUUUUAAUUUAAGGGGGGUGUAUUCGUUGUGGAUUUCCACAGACUUUAAAAAGUCCAUGAAAUUUAAAUUCCAUGGAAUUCACAUAGAUUCCAGACGACUUUCAAA